AUGAACCAAAGCUUCAAUUCGCCAUCUGGACCCCAAAAAUGCGACCGUGACUGCAAUGUCACGGACAUUACCCCAGCUGACCCUAACCAUGCAGUUGUCCACUCUGCUGUGCUGGGAAAGGAGCGUGCAUACGUCUAUUUCAAUUGCUACCUCGCGGAACGCAGCAGAGAACUUGCAAAGGCCUCGGACUCCGACACGGAACUGGUCGUCUUCGAUCCCCAGGGAGACUGGGAAGCGUUUGUCAAGUAUUGCACUCCCGGCAAUGCAAUUCGCAUUCAGUUCGCAACACUUAUCGGUUGUCUUUGCGCACACCGUGAUCGCUUCGCAGAACGUGACGGUCUGCCCUCGGAAUCAGACCUCGUCUGUUGGGCUCUGGAUCGCAUGGGGAGUCCGAUGUCUGACUUCCUUUGGUGGUCACUUGCCCGAGAAGAAGGCCCAAAAAAAUACUGGACGAUCGAUUCCCUAGAGGAGCAUAUGACGCUCUGGAGCAACGUAUUUGACAGCGGACCGGCAAAAGAAUACGAGGAACAUGUCAUACGCUUGACGUCGUCGCUCUACCCCCAUCAGAACGCCACGAAUGGGUCCUUUAUUGUACACGCCUUUUCCUCCGAUUUCAAACACACGCGCAGGGCAUUUCAGUUGUGGAAAAUUUUCUGGCACAAACAUUUUGAGUAUGCGGCCAACUCACAUCAGCCCAGUGAUGUGGAAAUGACAGACGCACCAUAA